GCCCAGGAGGCCCUGCCGGGACCGGAAGCCCACAGCCGCACUUCCGGCGGGGGAGGGGUGCAGGGCGGAGGCGGGCCCGCGUCGCCCAAAGGCGUCACUUCCGGGCGCGGCGCGCCGUAACAGUGCGGUUGAAGAGACCCGGCCAUGGACGGCAGGCCCCUGCUGACAUCCAAGCAGAGGACGGAGGUGGUGUGCGGCGUCCCCACGCAGGUGGUGUGCACCGCCUUCAGCAGCCACAUCCUGGUGGUGGUGACCCAGUUCGGGAAGAUGGGCACCCUGGUCUCCCUGGAACCCAGCGCCGUUGCCAGUGACGUCGGGAAGCCCGUGCUCACCACCAGAGUGCUUCUGGGGCAGGAUGAGCCUCUCACGCACGUCUUUGCGAAAAACCUGGUGACCUUCGUGUCUCAGGAAGCUGGAAACAGAGCGGUCCUGCUGGCCCUGGCCAUGAAGGACAGGAACGCAGAGGGGCUGAAGGCUGUGAAGGAGGUGAUCCAGGCGUGCCAGGUCUGGUGACCCCAGAGCCAGCAGCCGCAGAGACUGGACGCCCUGUCCUCUUGGAGACCGUCUGCGGCUCAGGCAGGAGGAGGAGCUGUCUGGCUCUAGCCCUAGAAGCCAGCGGAGAUACACACAUCUCAGGGGCGCUGACGUAUCCACGGAUGGAGGAGAGCUGCGGAGAGUGUCUGCCGGGGUUGUGGUGGUUCUUACCAGGGUCCAGAUACUUGCAUGUAUUUGAGAAUUGGAAGAUGAGUCCUCAGGUGUGAAUCCCGGCACUCCAUGAGCAGUAUCCGUCGUUGGAGGAAAUGUUUGAUGUUAAGAAUAAACACCUGUCCCCAAAUACUUCACCAUCCCUCCUAACAGUGCUGAGAAGCUUCUGUCCCACAGCGUGGGUUCCGUUGGGUGCACCGUAGGUGGGAGAAAGCCUUACAUGGUUCACACACUCUGUACACAUCUCUCGCUCCUCCUCUGACAUCCCUGAGCGUGUUUGGGUUGCCAGACAGCCGUUAACUUCCACUCCGAACACAUUUCUUACCGUCUUGCUGCUUGACAGUUCCUGUGAGGCAUGUCUACCCCAAGGCAGCCUGUGCCUGCUCAGGCCUCUGGCAGACAACCGUUGGGAACCUCCCCCCCCCCGCCCCCCGGGCACAUCUUCAUCUCCGUGUAGCCACAGUGGAGCAUCACCAGCCACACCAGAAACUGGGAGGUUAAGUGUGCUAUCGAGUCCACCCCACAGAAGAUCAGAGACAAUGUGGGCAUGGGGUCUGGGAAGCAGGGACCAGCUGGGGUCCCUGUGCUCUGAGAGUAGCCUUCCCUGGGAAUGGGGAAUUUUUUUUUUUUUUUUUUUUUUUGAGAUUUGUAUAAAGGGGUGCCUGGCCGGCUCAGUGGAGCAUGCGAUUCUUGAUUUGAGACUUGUGAGUUCAGGCCCCACAGUGGGCACAGAGAGGACUUAAAAAAUAAAAUCUUAGAAAAAAAAA